ACUCUCGACGCUUUUCCAGUAUAGUGAGCAUCCAUACUCGGGUCCAUGCUCGGGUCGUCUCGGUGAAUGUGUACUUUCGGCAUAAAAUUCUGUUUGAUUUCCCGCGUUAAUGUGUAUAACCUAAAAAAUUAAACAACAAAUUAGAUUUGUUUCAAAAUAUUAAAAAUACGGAAUAUCUUACAUGUUAUUAAAUAAUAUGCUUUGAUAGAAGAAAAGCGCAUCUGAUUAGUGUUAUCUUGUGGUUCUAACAUGAAUUCACAUCCACAAAAAGCAUUAAACCUUGAUCUCGUCCAGCAGCUUGAUUUCAUCAGAUACUAUAGAGGUUUGCCUGAGAAACCAUCAUCAACUAUACGUUUUUUCAAUCGUAAUGAAUAUUAUUCUCUUCAUGGUGAGGAUACUGAUCUGGCUGCCGAAUUUUUAUCUACCCCCGUGAAAUAUAUGGGCGAUGAACCGAAACUGAGCUAUGUAACUGUCAGUAAGGGACAAUUUGAAUUGUUUCUAAGAGAACUGUUAAUCGUCCGGCAGUACAGGGUCGAAGUGUACAUCAAGCAUUCUACAAAAGGAAAUCAAUGGGCUUUGGAAUAUAAAGGAUCUCCUGGAAAUUUGAGUCAGUUUGAGGAUUUACUUUUUGAAAAUGCACCUAUUGAUUUCACAAACUGUGUCAUGAGUAUUAAAAUAUGUCCCAAUAAAUUACUGGCAUUGAGUUGUGUUAAUGUCACUGAAUGUAAAUUUGAAGUAUGUGAAAUUACGGAUAACGACUCAUUUUCGGAACUAGAAGGUUUGAUUGCUCAGAUUGGUCCCAAGGAAUGUAUACUACCAAAUGGAGAAACACCUGAUCUGGUUGCACUAAGAAAAGUUUUAGAAAGGAAUGGCAUUCUAAUAGCGAAGGUUAAAGCAUCGGAUUUUGCAGGCGAUUUAGCGCAGGAUUUAAAUAGACUUUUAUACUUUUCGAAAGACCAACAAAGAAACUGCUUUUCUUAUAAGGAAACCAAUUUCAAGAAUGCACUAGGUUGUUUAUCUGCUCUCAUUAAAUUUCUCAAUUUAAAUGAAGAUGAGAAAAAUUUUAAUCAAUUCAAGCUCAGUACUCUAGAUGCUCGCAGGUUUGUAAGAAUUGAUAACGCAGCUUUGUUCGCCCUUCAUGUUAUACCUAAAGCUUCAAAUACAGGUCCAAACAAUUAUUUUAAACGCGUUGAUAAAUCAUCCAGUCUAAAAGGACUUUUAGAUAACUGUGCUACAGCUCAAGGAAGUAGAUUAUUGGAACAGUGGAUAAAACAACCUUUAAAAGAUAUUCAUGCUAUAAAUGAAAGAUUGGAAGUGGUGGAGUGUAUUUCAAUGAAUCUCGAUAUUAGAACACAACUCGUUAAAGAAUGGUUACCAAGAGUUAUGGAUUUGGUGCCAUUAUCUAGAAAGAUCGGCUCGAAAAAUGCCAGUCUUCAGGAUUGUUACAAGGUAUAUACAGCUGUUAGUACUAUACCUGCCAUUAUUAAAGUACUGAGAGAAUUAAACAACAAAUUCGUAAAUGAUAUGUUAGUUGAUCCGUUAUCAGAACUAUCAUUAGACAUGCAGAAUUUUCAAAAUAUGAUUGAACAAACUCUAGAUUUUGAGUUGGUUGAUAGAGCGGAAUUCUUAAUAAAAAGUUCUUUCGAUGAAAGUUUAACUGAGUUAGCCGAACAAAAAGAUGAAAUUCAAGAAAAAAUGCAAAAAGUGUUAAGUAGAGUUGCAAAUGAUUUGGAUUUGGAUAAAAAUAAGGGUGUCAAACUAGAAUAUACUGAACAACUUGGAUAUUUCUUUAGGGUAACUUUAAAAGACGAAAAAUCGUUGAGAAAACACAAAGAUUUUAAAAUUUUGGGUGCAAUUAAAGGUGGAGUUCGAUUUACAAACAGCAAGUUAUCUGAUUUAAGUGAAAGCUAUAGUGUUGUUAAUGAAGAGUAUAAGGAACGCCAAAAGAAUGUUGUGAAAGAACUUAUUGAAGUGGCUUCUGAAUACGCAGAUACUUUGAAAAAUCUCAAUAUACUUGUAGCAAAGGUAGAUGUAUUAACAUCUUUCGCUAUAGCAGCUAUUUCCGCUAGAAUUCCUUACAUAAAACCCAAACUACUUCCAGAAGGAUCAGGUAUUUUGAAAUUAAAUAAAGUGAGACAUCCGUGUAUCGAAGCUCAAGAAAAUAUUUCUUUUAUUCCAAAUGAUGUUAGUUUUGAAAAAGAUGGCAAAAAAAUGUUUAUUAUUACAGGUCCAAAUAUGUGCGGAAAAAGUACAUACAUAAGAAGUAUAGGUACUGCAGUUUUGAUGGCUCAUAUUGGGAGCUUAGUUCCUUGCUCGGCAGCUGAGAUAUCUGUUGUAGAUGCUAUUUUAGUUAGAGUUGGUGCUGAGGAUUGUCAAUUGAAAGGUCUUUCAACAUUUAUGUUGGAGAUGAUUGAAACUUCUACUAUUAUUAAGACAGCUACCUGCGAUUCUUUGGUCAUUAUUGACGAAUUGGGAAGAGGCACUUCUACCUACGAUGGGUGUGGUUUAGCAUGGGCAAUUGCGGAGUAUAUUGCUAAUGUAAUCAAGCCUUUUUCUCUUUUUGCUACCCAUUUCCACGAAUUAAAUCUACUAGCUGAAAAAACAGAGUUUGUUGGAAAUCUACAUGUGUCUGCUCUAGUUACCGAUGAUGAAAUGACUCCAUUAUACACUAUACGUGAAGGAGAAUGCGACAAGAGUUAUGGCAUACAUUGCGCAAGAUUGGUGAAAUUUCCAGAUGAUGUUAUACAGGACGCAAUUAAAUACCAGAAAAAAUUAGAACAUCAAAGUGGAUUGAAAUAUAUUAAAGAUUUUGAACCAAGUGUCAAAAGAAAAAUUAUUUCAGAAGGUGAUGAAAUAAUAAAGAAUACAUUGAAGAAAUUCAAAUCAUUAGAUUUGGAUACGAUGACAGAUGAUGAAUUACAGAACUAUAUACAAAAAGCAAAAGAAGAAUUGGUUGCAACUAACAAUCUUUUCAUUAAUGGGUUGUUGGAUCUUUAGAAAUAAUAUAACGAAAAAUAAUUGUCAAAGAUACAAGUUUUGUCAUAUAUUUCUUUAGAAAAUAGGUUACCAUGUUUUUCUAGUAUCUAGAUCUGAAAUAAAAGAAUGUUGUUUAGUAUCUAAGCUUACGUUUUGUUUUGUACUAUUUUUUUUAAAUAAAUUGAAAACUAAUUUGUUAUUUUUAUUAUUAGGCACUGUGUAUAUUGUUUUCAAAUAAACAAUAAGAUAUCCACCCUGUUUUAAACUAUAUUGUAUUAUAUUAUAUUAGAAAUUUCCAAAACCUAUAAAUAAAUGUUAUUACUCUUGAGCAGACUUUCGUGAUAUUUGUUUGCUCUUCUUAGAUUGAUAUUAGCAAUGAAAAAGUGAUUAUGUUUAGUAAUAAUUUAUAAAAACCAUACAAUUGGAACUUAUUCUUUUUAUUGUCAUCUUUUUAUACACUUUCAGGCGUUGUAUUGAAACUACUGAAUCUGUCUUAUCCAAUAGAUGAUCUUGCAUAAUCAUGUAUUUUUGCUACAGUUUUUAGUGUUAAUGUUAUUUAAGGGGAUUGACUUUAAGACUUAUAUAAACACUUUUAAACACAUCAGCUCAUCUUUCUGUUAUUCCAAUUGAAGUUGAAGAGUCCUUUUGUACUCUUAACAAUCGUUCGUGACUUUCUUCAGGUCACACACUUUUUAAAACUUUGCACCUCUAAGAAAACCCAAUAACACCACAUAUUAGUUAAGGGACUAAUACCGCUUAUAAUUUUCAAAAAAUUGAUUUUUUUUUACAUUUUUCGAAUCCUUUUACUUUUAACAAAUAUCUUCUAGAAUUUCAUAGCGAAAUUCGAAAUAAUACGAAAGUUAUUAAUCAAAAAGUUAAAAACCAAAUGCUGACAAAACUUGAUGCAAUGUUUCUAAUCUACUACCUUUUAAUGUAUUACUUCUAAUGUCGCAACCCUAUUCUCCUUAUAUAGACUAUAAAUUGUCAUACGUAUAAAAUCUUGAGUAGCUUAGUCAACUGAUUUCAGUUUUUCUUUACAUGUUUUUCGGUUCUGUUAAUGAUCCUCAGCAACCCCUUUCGUGACUACUCGAUAAAUGGAAAAUUAUUUACUCAAGUUAAUUCAGCAAUUCUAAUUAGAAUGAUCAGUUUGCUGAAUAUUUUCCUUUUUUAAAGAUUCGAAUAUAUUUAAAAUAACUUGCUAUGUUUGUAUAUCUAAAUCUUUAUUAUUAAAUUCAUACCUGUCUUUAUUCUCACCACACUGUGCUAUUUCAUUGUCUUUAUUCGCCCAUGGUCUAAAGAACGCCAUAUUUCUAUUUAUUUGAAGAAAUUUAUGAAUUAAAUGAAUCUCACCUAGCGACGCCACGGCUUAUCGUAAGAGCCAAUAGAAAUGCAUUUAUGUUUACGAUUCGAUGUUUUCAUUGGUAAACAGUGGAUAUGAUGAGUCUACGGGAACUGACGAUUUGUUAGAUGUUUACCGAAUAUUAUAUGGGGAGUAAAUAUUAUUUUUUUAUGUAUAUUUUGUUAUUUUUAUUAAUAGACAAUAAAGCCUUUUAUUAUUA